AUGGGCGAGAGCUCGCCGGAUCUCAGCCUCCGGCUACGCCAGGGCAGUUCCGACUCCAGAGAUUCCUUCUACAUGGACUUCGCACAGGGUAUCGAUUCCGAUAUCGAGGAAGUGACGCGGCCAGGCGAUAAUAAUUCCGAUCCCAUGCUGGAAAAUCAUCUGGAGGAGAACGGGAACGAUUUACCACCGAUUGAGGAUAUUACGACGAUCCCCGAGGAGGCCUCGGAAGAAUUAAGAGAGGAGGAGGAAGCGGCCGCAUUGGAGGCCGCACUUAGAACGCCAGACGGUGGCACGAUUAGCACGGAAAUCGAGAAACCGUCGACUGCAUCGCUCAUGCAAGAACACGUUCUAUACAGUUGGCCAGGACUGCCGGUCGCGCUACCGUCACCAGCCUCACCAUCCGCGGUAAUCGUCUCGCCGGAAACGCUGUCUAGACACAGCAGCAGCUCACCUUCUCGCGUUCACCGGCCACCCCAGUUUGCGUUGGCCCUACCAUGCUCCUCGCAACCGAUUCCGGCGGUCUGCUAUCCGGCGUCGACCUUCCUCGAGGUCACCGACGAGCGGAAGUGGAAGAACCUUGGCUGCGACGCCCUGGCGACCACUUUGAGCGCGCUGUACGGGAAACUUCUGGUUGUGAUGGGGAUCGCCUUUCCCAUGGCGGAAGUAAUAUCCACAUACAUACCGCCGUCUUUCUACGAGGCUUUCUACCUCUACCUCUACUUCGGCAGCAUGAUCUUCCUCGUAUACAUGUACGCCAUGUUGUUCGGGGACAGCAAGACGAAAUCAAAGAAGCAGAAAGACGUGUGUGAUCUGGACUCAUCGAGAUCGUCGAGCGGCGCCGGCGGCGACAGUGACGCGCCUGAGAGCGGAUGCCCGCACGUGAAUCCGGUACGUCCGGUCCAGCACUAUGGUAGCUUCUAUCUACGAAUGGGUGCCGUGGCGUUCGGCAUCGGCUCAAUGAUCUACUCCGGGUUGGAAUUCGGUCAGUACUUUGAGUUGGAACAAAACACCAAAUGUCACAACAUCAUGCUGGCCCUCACACCUGCCACGAGAAUGGCCUUCAUCUUCAUCCAAAUGUACUUCAUAUUCCUAAACAAUGAGGAUAUAUACUUGCAGAUGAAGGUUUAUCGUCAUCGCGUUGUUGCACGUUUCGGACUAAUGCAUAUGAUCGGCACGAAUCUAUCAGUUUGGCUGAACGUUCUCGUGCAAGAAACAAAACACGAGAUCCUCACAUUUUACAAUCCAGAGAACAACUCCCUCAGAAUUUCUCACAGACUAGGUUCGAAAGGACUUCAUCUCGGUGGUCACAUGCAUUCUCAUCACGGAGAACACAUACGAUUACCGCGCGGUCUCAAAGGACCUCAUCACAUGUUCGAAUGUAGAAGGACGAAUAUAAUGGGAUCGUUGGUACAAGACGCCAGUCCUUUCCUUUUUCCGUGCACGAUAGAAUACAGCUUGAUCUGCGCGGCUAUUUUAUAUGUAAUGUGGAAAAACAUAUCGAAAGUUGGCUUCACGAAGCCUGCAACACCGCCGGGCUCGCGUCAUCACACACAUGCCUAUAGAAAAUCGCCUCAUCAUUAUAGCGUGGAUUGCGCCCGCGCACACAAGGGCCUCUUCGUGGGCAUUUUGAUUCUAGUGCUGACCAUAAUCUCCCUCAUCCUCUUCUUCGUUCUCAUUUCACGGCCCGAACUGGUCAGCCUCGCCGUAACCGAAGUGAACGUCUGCGAAUUGACGCUCUACGGAAUGUCGACUCUGGCGACGAUGAUCGGCAUGUUCCAGAUGCGUAAAUUGCGCUACGAUGGCGGCAGAAAUCUGGAGCUCGAUAACAUCCUCCUGGUGGCCGCUCAGACCGGCAUGUUCAUUUACUCUACCUUCACCAUCAUCGGCGGCCACUUCACUCUGCAAAAACACACGGUCCUAGUGCUAGUCACCGCUCUGGCCAGCGUCGUCCAGACUACCUGCCAGACCAUUUUUAUUCUAGACUCGUCGAGGCGCACGGUCGCCACCGCCGAGCAGAUACGCAGGAAACCAGGCAGAGAAAUCGUAACGUUUCUAUUGGUGACGAAUCUGGCUAUGUGGGCGAUUAACACACUGGAGAAGUCACGGGCGGAGUCACAUCCGGUGCAGUUGCACUUUUAUGGCCUGUGGGCGUGGACGAUUAUCACUCAUGUCUCGAUGCCGUUGGCGAUCUUCUACAGGUUCCACAGCACUGUAUGCCUGUGCGAAGUGUGGAAGCGGGCCUAUAAGGUGAAACCCACCUAUAUGUGACGCAAGGGGUCCCGUGAGGUCAUAUGGAAGACCGGUGGGAUUCUGCAGCGGCCCAAAAGUCAACUAUCGAGGCUUGAUGCCAUUGCAGAGAACGAUCCGGCGUAUUUCAUUUGAUCGAAAAAGACAUCGAGUCAUAAAAAUGGUUUUAAAGGAGAAAAAUCCGUUGGGCAACGUAAUAAGAAGUAGAAAUUGGUAACUUUAAACGGACAGAACUUUUCUAAUCCGAACAUGAUUGAUACAUUAACAUACGUACAUGACAAUUCAUACGCACAUAAUCUGUAUCGAUUUCAGGGUAUAUUUCGGAAAGUUAACGGUAUAUAAUACUAACAGAUAUAUAGAUUCGAGUAUUCUCGAUAUUACAUGAUCACAAUUAAAGAAAAAGAC